AUGCUAAUGUGGCCUUUGAAAUCGCAGCCUCUGACGACGGCGACGGCGAACCCAAAUGCUGCGACAGCGGCCCUAUCCGCCUUCAAGCGUCAGGAAUCUCCCUCCACGACCUCCCUUUCCAGCGCUGCAGCGGCGGCCGCCCUCAGGGCUCGACCUGCGACACCCACGAAUGUGUCCGAGGUCCAGACGAAGCGAACGCUGCGCCGGAGCGCGUCGGCCUCGUCCCGCGGGACACUCGACCAGCAGAAUGCUCGGCGCCUGGAGAGGCGUGCGAGCUCCAGCUCCAUGACUGAGCGCACCUUUCGCUCCCCCAGUCCGCACCGGCCCUCGAGCAGCGGCUCCAACGGCCAUCGCUACUCCCAGAGUGCCGGACCCGAAGACCUACCGCCCGUGCCGAGCAUUCCGAAGAGUGUCACCGAGGGUCAGCAUCAUCGGAAAGCGAAUAGCUUGGGGUUCACCAGCCAGCCGCUGAAGCUUGCAUCUGAAAAGCUCGGGAAGGACACGCAAGGGACAUGGUUCGGCAAAGCUGCUGUGGGAGAUGCGUCUAACGUGCGCACAUCCGACGCGAUCAUGAGCUCGGCUGUGAGCACGCCGCAGAAAGAACCGCGCCCGAGCAGCAGAUCAUCUUCGGUCAACUUCUCAUACCCUGCGCGUACCCGGGUCGCUUCGCCGCCUCCGGGGGAAGACAUCUACGAGCAUGAGCCAGAAGUGUCAGAGCCGACAACCAGGAGAAGAUCGGUCGCGAUAUCUCCCGAUGGCGUCAGGGCGCCGAAACACAGGCACAGCCAGGAACCCACCAUGGUGUACGAUCCCAACUCGAGGCGUAUGGUGCCGCAGAUCAGCACCCUUAUGAAGGAGCAGGAGAUACAGGAUGCGGCGGACAAACCUCGACCGCGUAAAAAGAAGCAAGCGGCGUCGAAAGCAGGUUCCCACCUUGCUCAUGGCUCGGUAGCCAGGACGACUGGGACAGCCGUGCACGACGACGUUGGUCCACCAAAGCCGCCCAGAGCACAAACCUCUACUCCUCCACCUCAGACGUACGAGGCUGAAUAUGACGAGCCAGCUGUCAAGGCAAUCAUCGGAUCACCCAAGCAGCAACGAAGAGAGGAACCGCAGGAACGACGAAGUGAUGUGCCAGCGACGGACUUCUUACCUCUUGUUGAUGAUCAGAGCGACAAUCAUCCCAUCGAGGGGAAAUCUGAACCAGAGCCGGACCUGUUCGUGGCAACAGGCCAUGCUGCGCCCGAAGUUGCACCGGUCGAAGAGGCACGGCCUGAGCCCAAACAGCAAGUCCCAGCAGCUGAUGAUGCUACAAAAUCAACGACUGCAGCCGUUGCCAGGACAGAGAGGGAGCAUCAGGAAAUCCCGAGCCACCAGGUCAUCCCGCCUACUCCACCGGCCGAGCUUCCUGCAGAAGUGUCACAUCAGCUCGAGAGGGUCGCACCCGCUGAACCCAAGGCCGUUGCGUUUGAGCCCAGGGAAGCCCAUGCUGUGCGCCAAGAAAGGACACACUCCAAUAGCCCAGCCCGCGCAGCGCACUUUGGCCCUGUCGUUCAUGAUAGUUUGACAGUCCGGCAUUCGCCGCCUUCCAGGUCCAUUUCACCUAGAAAAUCGGCCCUCAAGCAACACAGCCCAUCCAGGGGUGCGUCCCCAUCCGACGAUACCUCCGAGGCAUCUGCUCCCGCAUCUACCGUGGUGUCGCCGCACCGAGAGGAGCCUGGGUCUCACCGCAAGAAGUCCGUAAGGGUGAGCUUUGAUGACCAGAAUACUGGCGUUGUGGGACAGGCCGCACCAACUGAUCGAUCUUCAUCCCCGAUCCUGCCCAGUCCUCAGUCUGCCCGGCGGCCCUGGUACGGCAGCCUUGGCAUUGGCAAGAAGAAAGACCAUAUGUCUCUGGAUGACGAUGAGAUCAUGAAGCCCCGUCCGGCGCUGCCGUCUUUUGGCAGUGUUCGGGAAAAGAAGCUGAAGGAGCAUACCGAGGAGCGCCCGCUUGUCAGACCUCAUGAGCCUUCACACUCGCCGCCGAGAUCCAGUUCGCCCCCCGUACUCUCGUCAAUCACGGGUACGGCUGGGGAAGAGACGCAGGAGCCCAUUGGCCAGUCUAGCGACCAAGCCAUUGGCUCGCUACUAGCUCAGGAGCAAUCGCGAAAUCCCGCGAAUAUUUCCCGCUUUAGAGAACCGCUUCCUCCUGUGGUGACGUCUAUCGAAGGCAGCGGAUAUGUUUCUGAUAGCAGCAGCUCGACCUCCGAAUCAAGUGACGCAGACCUCGUGGCUUCGACACCAGGACUGAGGCAAGAAGAGAGCACGGCCACGACGAUUCCAGAGACGGAGCCGCUGUCCAAACCGCUGGAUAUUCCCGCUGAUAUUGUCGAGACGACCGCUGCGGACGACGAACCAUCGCGGAGCGAUCCAGCCGAGACGCACCCUGCCGCAAAGGAGUUUGUUGCCCCCGCCGACUCGAUCCCUACGAUUGCCAUCAGCCACCCCAGUCAAGAGAAGCUGCCGCAGACCAAGUCAAACCUUCUUGGUGUCCCAGGCACCUUCCCCGAGGACGACUCGGACUCUUCUUUCCACGAGGUCGAUGAAAAGGCUGGUUCUUCUUUGCCUGCGCCCGCCAGACAAGCCGCUUUAGAGCCGGUAGCCCAAGACGCGGAUGCCCACUCCAGUCCUCAGACGCCUGCUACUGUGCUCGCGACACGGAUCCCGGUGAUCGAAGAGGAGUCGGAUGAAUCCGGCAGUAGUAUUUAUAGUGAUGCCUACGAAGAUUUGUCCGACAUGGAGGGUGACGGGUUCCUAUCCCUGGAUGCUGUGGUCGAGAGUCCGGUCGCCACGAGUGUAGCCAAGAGCCCAUUCGCAUCGGCCACGAACACGCCGUCACAGCCCAAGGUGGAGGCCAUACAGCCUGUACAGAAGCAGGUGGCCAUUGCCAACGCAACACCCGAGCCCGUCAAGACCGAGGAUGACUGGGAGAACGCCAAGUCUUACUGGCGCAGCCUCACGGCGGAGAAGCGCGCACAGUUGGAAAAGGAAGCUAUGGAUGAGGCUGCCGUCGAUGCCGACCUCGAGGAAAACAAAGCGCCGAAGAAGCCGCGUAGGAAGAAGUCUGUCGAGAAGAAGACGGCAGAAAGACGAGCCAUUGAGAAGAUCCAUGCCGACCCCGAGAGGACGUAUAUGAUUAAGCCCGGUACUAAGGUUGGGGCCGAUGGCGUUACGCCGACGAUGCGGAGCACUAUGCGCGGAGAGCAGAAGUCUCGGCAGCAACCGGCCGGCGCCCAGGAUGAUGGCGCCACGCGGAUGCGCAAGUCUCUGCGGACAAAUGGUCCCAAAGCAGCAUCCGCCCCCGUCAAAGCUCCCCGGCCCAAGUCCUUGCCUGUCCAGUCUGCGGCGGCUUCUACUGCUACGAGACAUGCUAGAAAUAUGUCGGAUGCUUCAUCGACGGCAACUGCGCCCGGCAGGCCGAACGGCUUCUCCACUCUCAGAAGGCGAGGAUCAGACUCGAGCGAGAGCAGCUUCAAGCGCAGCCGGCCGCGCACCAGCGAGGGCUUUGGCUUCCGGCGGACCAUGAGGACUGCUGAGCCAUCUUCGCCCGCCUCCGUUGAGGGAGGUCGGGAUCGGAGCAGCCGCUUCUCGCUCCGGUCUCUGUCGCCGAGCGGCUCGGCCUUCCGACAGUCUCCGUCCGGCGGCAUGGGCAUGCGCUCGACACUACGUGACUCGGGGGCAAAGCAAAGCAAAGGUGGCUUCUUCAGCCGUUCGAGCGGCAGCAAGUCACAGUCUAGGUCCAAGGGCAAGUCUUCGAGUCGCUUUGACGAUUCGAGUGACGAGGAUGUCCGCCGCCCGAUGACCUUCAGCAGCCGGUUCGACGACUCGAGCGACGACGAAGUCGUUCCUGCCAAGCUGCCUCCUCUCAGCAUCCCCAAGACGAUGCGCAGCAGCAGGGGACCUACCCUCGCUGACAAGAGCCCGCCCCUACCCGAGGAGAUAGAGGAGUCAUCGCCCGAGCUGCCCGACAGCGACGAGGAUGCGCAGCGGGGGGCUGCUGGGGCAGGCAUGCUCCCACAGCCCGGCGCGGGCGGUGCGAACCUGGGCACCGGUACGAUCCGGCGGUCGCGCUCCGGCCGAGGCGAGCUCUCCAUGUCGCCUACUUCCCCCACCGCCGCGGCCCCCAAGCACCAGCGGCGCAGCAGCUUCAUGUCGGUGCUGCGGCGCAAGAAGGGCGAGGGCAGCAAGAUCCAGCGGGCCGAGGUGACGGAGAGCGCGGCGCGCAGGGACACCAAGCUCGAGCGCAGCCAGCAGGAGCUCGCGGCGAUGCGCAGCAACAGCCUCAAGAAGCAGCAGCAGGGCGGCCCGCGGCUGCAGAAGCGCAGCGCUACGUCUGACGGGUGGCCGCUGCGCGACGGGGACGAGGACGAGGGCGAGGACGACGGGGAGGAGGAGGAGCAGGUGCAGGUGCGCCCGGCUACGUCGAGCGGAGUCCCCGCCGCCGCCGAGGGCGGGCCCGGCCGGCGGCCUAGUUUCCUGCAGCGGCGGACCAUGUCGGGCAUGUCUCAGGGGGUGGUGAGCACCGACGGCGUCGGCGGGGAGCAGCGCAAGAAGAAGAAGUUUGGGGCGCUGAGGAGGAUGUUUAGAUUGGACGAUUGA